AGAAGAACCACAUGUUUCCUCUGCAGGCAACCCUAAAGUUGGUCAAAAGAAUACACACUAUUGUUUACUAGACUAAAGCUAACAUAUUAAAUGUCUUGGCAGGUCGUAUUAGUGGACAUGAACCCGCCAUAAACCGUGGCUACUGAAUGAAACUAGUAAAACGUGUGUCGUUCACUACGCCUGCGCACUCCGAACAGAAUAUCGAGCCGCCCUUCCUCCCCGCCAACUUGCACAGCAGGGUCGGGCGGACGUGGACUCGCAACAACCCCGAGCUCAUUAGCUUAUCUCAUUGAAUAUUUUCCGAGGUAAAAUGGAGAGCCCAUACACCGCCGAAAACGAGUCACCUCUUCUGCUGCCGUCUCUUCGCCUCUUCAUACCCCCUCUGCGCUUGGUUACCGCGGCGAUGUGGCAGGCCGUCCAGAGGGGCAGCGUGCAGGAAUAUGGGAUGGUGGAGGAGUUCAUCAGCACAGUUUCAGAAAUUGUCCCUGAACUUUUGAAUGCAGAUCAGAAAGCUCAACUCCUCCUGGGGCUCCGAGCGCGGGUGGUUCUUGAAAUGUGUCGUGCCGAGCAGAUAAGAGAUCCAGAAACCAUCGAGAUGCACCUGGAGCGGAUCAGGACCCUCAUAUCCACUUGGGCAGCACAGCCGUGUUUUGCAGAGGUCGAGUUUCCAGAAUCAAACUUUGUGGAUCAAAUUGAAUUGCUGUUAAAAGACGCUGAAGAGAAGGAGAGGUUUUUCCAGGAUGUUUUUCCGACGGAUUUUGGGCCUGACUAUGAGAGCGCUCUGCAGGUGCUAAUGCUGGACUUCCUCUCCAGACUGGAGAAGCUUCUUCCAGUACCAGAUAUUCAGCAGACUGCAUCCAUGCUUAGUGCUGUCCCAUCUGCCCUGGAGGAGUGUGUGCACUCUGUUCCUGACCCACAGCACCUGAAAACUGUGCUCCUCUACCACACAACACUAGGCCAUUUUGAUUUAUCUGAUGAAACGCAGACCAUUCCUUCUUCCUUUGGGAAUUGCAUCCUCUCCUCGCUCUCCCUCCCUCAGCUGGAAAAGGUCGUCAUCGAUGCAGACCAAAUACACUUACAGCCUUCAUCAGAGCAUAUGCAAGGUUGUAUGACUGUCCAGGUGGAGGGUGAAACUGUGACACUGUUGGACUACAUACAGAUAGAACAACCGUCAAGUUUGGUGGGUCCUGAUGAUGAGGAUGAAGAAGAAGAAGAAGAUGAAGUAAAUGAGAAUGAAACUGAGGAUGUCAGUGACGCUCUGAAGCCAGCAGCUUUUCAACCACUGAAACAAAGCAAAAGGCUCCAGGUAAAUCGAAAAGCUGUAAAAGAAAAGGACUCAACGACCGCUAAGAGGCAAAGAAGGAAGUAUCCCAAUAAUAAGACAUGUCCUGUGUGCAAUAAGAUUUUCCUGCGGGCUGCAGCCAUGAGACGACACCAGGAAACUCAUUCUGCCAUACGGGAAUUCAAGUACAAGUGCGCCAACUGUGACAAACGAUUCAGAGACCAUUACGACAUGAACCGGCACAACAUGCGCGUUCAUGAGAAGGAUGAGAUCUUUAACAACGCUAAAGAGGAGGACGCAGGAGAUCCCAGCACUUCGGAGGUGUCGGAAAACAAAAACUGCACUCUGUGUGGGAAGUAUUUUGGCCGUCGAGUAGACAUGGAGCGGCACAUGAGGUCCCACUCAGAGGACCGCCCCUAUAACUGUUGUUUCUGUGAGAAGAAAUUUAAGAAUCCUUAUGUCUUAAAGAGACACCAGCAGGAGAUUUGUAAGAGCAGAGAGCUGAAAAGGCCGAAGAAGAGAGAGACGCAGCGCUCCAAUCCACAGCCGCCAUCCGAGGCGUCCACAGAGGGCAAAGUGUGUCCCAUCUGCAGCAGAGUCCUGCCUUGCACGGCAGACAUCGCGAAGCAUUUACGAUCUCACACGGAAGAGCGUCCUUUUAUUUGCCUCACUUGUGAGAAGGGCUUCAAGUACAAGGACACGCUGAAGAAGCAUCAGAUCAUUCACGGCCACGAGGGAAUCAGAGAGGAGCAGAGCAAGACAGUGGAACAGAUUUUGGCUGAAGCUGAUACAGGUAACCUUGAUAAAAAAUUACUACACCUGGAUGCACCUGUGGGCACUUCUGAGGAGUCUCCUUUGCCUGUGCAAAAAGUCAAGAAAAAAUCACCUAAAGUGUGUCCUGUCUGUUCUCGGGCGUUUGACAGUGUCAAGACACUGAACAGGCACAUACAGUGUCACACAGAGGACCGCCCUUAUUACUGCGUCCACUGCAAGAAGCGUUUCAAACACAUGCACGGGCUGAAAAGACACCAGAUUUAUGCCAUUUGUCAUAAGAAAAUUGCCCGAUUCUUGUGGAAAAAAGAGCCGAGAGCUGGGCCCAGCCAAAGCGAAGUCACCACCACUGACCCACAACCAACCCUGAAAAUACCCGUGUGGUGUUCCAACUGCGGCAAACACUUUGAAUACCCGUCCGCGUUGAAGGAGCACCAGGAAAACGUUUGCAAGGUGGAAGUGAGUGAUGUCAUGAAAUGCGACAACUGCGGGAAAGAGUUUAAGAGCAUGACGAUGCUCAAAGUGCACCAGAGGAUUCACGAUCCGCUCUACUGCAAAGAGUGCGGCAAGAUACUCGCCAACGAGCCCGCCUUUGAGAGACACAAGCUCAUGCACAGGCCGAUGCAGUGCACAAUGUGCGAUAAGACUUUUACUUUGCUGCGGCGCUUGAGGGAACACUACGAGAAGCAGCACGAGUUCACCGGGCCGUAUCCUUGUGCACAAUGUGACAAAACCUUCAUCCAGCUCUCCUACCUCGCCAUCCACCAGAGAAUCCACAAAGGAGAGUUCCCUUACAUUUGUAGCAUGUGUCCAGAGAAGUUCCGGUCCUCCAACUGUCUGACGGUUCAUCAGAGGAAGCACACCGGGGAGAAACCCUUCCUGUGCUGGCAGUGUGGGAAGUGUUACCGCUCGGCCUCGGAGCUCACGGUGCACAUGGGAACCCACUCCGAGGACAAACCCUGGGCCUGCACGCAGUGCGACAUGGCCUACCGCACGAGGCUGCAGCUGACCAACCACGUGGAACAAAUCCACAUCGGCGUCAGGUAUCCCUGCAACAGCUGCGGGAAGCAGUUCAUGAAGGAGACGUCCCUGAAGAGGCACGAGCUCAUCCACACAGGCGAGAGGCCACACCAGUGCACGGUGUGCGGCAAGACCUUCCUGACCGCCAACGAGCUCCGGCUCCACAACCGCUAUCACACCGGGGAGCGCCCGUACAAGUGCGAAGUGUGCGGGAAAGCCUUCAUUCAGUCGGGAUAUCUGAAGUCGCACAUGCGCAUCCACACAGGAGAAAAGCCAUUCAAAUGUGACAUAUGUGAUAAAGGCUUCAGGCUGUCCUAUCACAUGAAGAAACACAGACGGACUCACGCCGGGAAGCCAAAGAGCUACGUAUGUGAGGAGUGUGGGUUAGCUUUCCUCCAUAAAAAGUCUCUUUGGGAACACUCGCUCAGUCACAACGUGAAAGUUGAACCAUCAUUCGCUAAUGAAGUGAGAAUAGAAUUUGAGUAGAAAUCUUUGUAUUUCAUGCAGGUUGUUUUCAUCAUUUCUCUACUGUGUGUGUGUGUGUGUGUGUGUGUGUAUAUAAAUAUACACACACAAACACACACACACACGGUAUAUCUAUCAGGAUAUGUUGUGAGCUGGUAUCAUCACUUCAAAACACUUCUUCUUCGAUUGCGCUUUCUUUUUUUUAACCAAUUUGUAAGUCGGUUCUUUUUCCUCCUUAUUGCUUUACUGUGUUGAUUCACAUGUUCUAUGAAGCAGAUUGAUGAUCUUUGAGGCGUGUAUAUAGUGAUGGCCAAUAUAUUGUUUUCGCUUACGUGGCUUUUUGAAAUAAAUUAUCUUGAAUGUC